AUGGAAGAAGAUCACAGUAAUGGCGGAAACAGCAUUAUUGCUAAUUUAGAAACAUCAAAGGCUGAUAAAUCUGUUUGGUUGAUGAAGUGUCCAGUAGUGGUUUCAAAGUCAUGGAAAAGUCAUCCCUCUUCUUCAGAUUCUGCCCCUCUCGCUAAAGUCGUUCUCUCCCUCGAUCCUCUCCAAUCUGACGAUCCCUCUGCUCUUCAGUUCACCAUGGAGAUGGCUCGCACUGAGGUUGGGAAUGUACCGAAGAGUUAUUCUUUGAAUAUGUUUAAGGACUUCGUUCCUAUGUGUGUAUUUUCUGAGACACCUCAAGGGAGGGUCGCCAUGGAAGGAAAGGUGGAACAUAAAUUUGACAUGAAGCCCCACGAGGAGAACAUUGAGGAGUAUCGUAAAAUGUGCCGUGAAAGGAUGAAUAAGUCUAUGAUUAAGAAUAGGCAGAUACAGGUGAUUAAUAAUGACCGUGGAGUGCACAUGAGACCCAUGCCUGGAAUGGUUGGCUUGAUUUCGUCUGGCUCCAAGGAUAAGAAGAGAACACAACCAGUUAAACAAUCAGAUGUGAAGAGAACCAGGAGGGAUCGUGGGGAAUUGGAGGAUAUUAUGUUCAAGUUAUUUGAAAGGCAACCAAAUUGGGCCUUAAAGCAGCUUGUUCAAGAAACAGAUCAACCUGCGCAAUUCUUGAAAGAGAUACUGAACGAGCUUUGUGUGUACAAUAAGCGGGGAACAAACCAAGGAACUUAUGAACUUAAGCCAGAAUAUAAGAAAACUGCCGAGGAUACAGGUGCUGAAUAA